GCGAAAUGUUCCUUUUACUGUUUGACCCAAUAAGCGCAAUUUGUUACAUACGAGUUCAAAUGUUAAUUUACUGCAGGUUGGCCCGCUCGCAGCACCACAUUGAUGGCCGGCUGUAUGUAGCACGAAAGUCAAAUGAGUAUUAAGGAAUGUGAAUGUUUAUAGGUGUUACUCAAUGCAGAAGCUUCACUUGCCAUGCAUAGAUUAGGCGCACUUCUGACCAGAAUUAUUCGUAUUACCCGCUAUCGAUUUUCAUAACAAUGCUCGUAAGCAGGUAGUUCAACAAUACGUUGUUGAUUAAAACGCUUAAGUAUAUUACUCAGUCGUGUUGGUUUACUUGUGAUUGAUUUCAUCUAACCAAUCGUUUCCGAUACGAUACGCUUGCUUGUUUCGCAGUGUUUAUUGUGUAGGUGCGCGAUUCCAUAUAAUGUUUCAUGACAGAGAGCCGCGUUGCGGAUGUAGUUUGUAGUGUGAUCAAAGCACUUAGUGACAAUCUGUCAGUGCAUCAUUGUUUACGGUUUGUGUCUACGCGAAGUGGGAAUAAUUGACCCCUGACCCGCCGCAAGGCCCAUAAUGUGGAAACACCAGGAAGUUACAGCUUCGCUCGGCACAUAACGAGGCUGCGGCAACUCACUCGGGUUCGAUAAAAGAUUACGCUCAUGCUUCAGGACACGAUUGACGCGCCCUUGAUUGACAAUUAACUAACGAGGUCGUAGGAAGAUUCUUCGAGCCCGAUGUAGACUCAUCCGAAAAAGCUUCACUAGUGACGCCUCGUGCAACGUAUAGCUCCAUGCCCGUUGUCUUAGUCACAAUUGAUUGGUGUACAUAUCCGGCACGCAUCACACUCAGCCUCACAGUUCCAGCGACUACGAGACAGGCCCGCGGCCGUGGCUUGUCUUUGCACUCCAAUGUGAUAUAAAUCAGGAGACAAAAUCGAAUAAUACAAGUGACAGUAGAAUAAUUUGACGAUAACACAAAAAUAACUAUGAGAGAAUUAAACGUGCUACGUACGACAUUAAGCAGAUUCCAUCUCAGGAUUCCGGGCAGACGCGAGGCUAUUGCUCUUACACUAUUAUGCUGGAGUUCAAGUUUAAUAUCAGCCGCGUCAGCAUCGCCAAACAUAACGAAAAGUAGGAAAUUAGAUUUAAUUGCAUCUCAAAAUGAAACUGUGGCAGAGGUUCUAUUCCACUGGGAGGACUACAGCGUGCUGGCAGCCAUGCUCAUAAUAUCCUGCUUGAUCGGCGUGUUUUACGGAUACUUCGGGGAAAAGCAGACCACUGGUGACGACUUCCUUCUGGGUGGCUCCGCUAUGGGCACAUUCCCCAUGGCCCUGAGCCUCGCCGCAAGUUUCAUCACAGCUAUAGAGUUAUUAGGAAAUCCCGCAGAGAUGUACAUGGCUGGCGCACAGUUCUGGAUGAUUUGCGUCGCGUUUGUGCUGGUCGUGCCCAUUGCGAGCCACCUCUAUCUGCCAGUUUUCAUGAGACUACGAUUGACGUCGUGUUACGAGUAUUUGGAAGUACGGUUCUGCAAGUCAAUCCGCGUGUAUGCCAGUGCAUUGUACUUGAUGCAGAUGAUACUGUACACGGCCGUCGCGGUGUAUGCGCCUGCGCUUGCGCUCUCCGAUGUAACCGGACUAAACACCUAUCUCGCUGUUUCCUUAGUAUACAUCGUAUGCAUAUUCUACGCAACGCAGGGAGGAAUGAAAGCUGUCAUAAUGACGGACUCGUUUCAAUCUGCGGUGCUCGUCGGGUCACUGGCGGCAGUUCUAGCCAUGUCGUCAUCACAAGUGGGAGGCUUCGACGUGGUGUGGGAGCACGCCUGGCGUACAGAUAGACUGCACUUUUUCGACAUGAACCCGGAUCCCACAGUGCGGCACUCCUUUUGGUCUGUGGUCAUCGGUGGCACCAUGUACUGGGCGAGCAUGUUCUGCGCUAACCAGGCGUCUGUCCAAAAAUACCUAUCAGUGGAAAGAAUCGCGCAAGUCAGAGUGGCGUUAUGGGUGUCGGCCUUCGGACUGAUCGCAAUUUACUCGGUGAAUUUCAUCACCGGCGCUGUUCUUGCCGUACACUACUCAAACUGUGAUCCAAUUCAGGCCGGCGUGAUCAACGCUUCCGACCGACUUCUUCCCCUGUUCGUGGUGAAGCAGCUGGGUGGAUCGAGAGGAAUACCGGGGUUUUUUGUCGCAGGAAUUUUCGCUGCGAGUCUCGGCACCGUAGCAUCAGCAUUAAAUUCUCUGGCAGCCAUACUAUGUCAAGAUCUCGCGUCGGGGCUUCUGGGGAUAACUAUGCCAGAAAACAAAGGAGCAACAAUUGCUCGGUGGGUAUGCCUGGCUUGCGGGAUGGUUUCCUUCGGCCUUGUUUUCGCUGUAGAACGACUUGGCCCCGUGCUUCAACUAGCGCUUUCCUUCAACGGGAUGGCAGGCGGUGUGGCGCUAGGAUUAUUUUCACUCGGCAUGUUCUUCCCAUGGGCUAAUGCUAAGGGAGCAGUGGCUGGCGGUGUAUUUGGCCUAGUGUUGGUGGUGGCGGCGGGAGGAGGAGCGCAGUUGGCACAGCUCCCGAUGCCGCGCCUGCCUGCCUCCACAGACGGUUGUGUGGCCCCCUACAACAUGACCACGCACAUGACCAUGAACCUCUCUGAAAACCACGACGAUGCAGUAUUUUGGUUGUUCCGCGUAUCCUAUCUAUGGUAUUCCGGCCUGGGUUGCGCUGCAACUUUAGUGGCAGGCCUGAUAGUGUCGGUUUUAACUGGCGUCACUGACCCAGCUAACGUACCUAUAGACCUUAUAUCGCCACCGAUCAUCACACUACUUAAUUCACUGCCGAAGAGAUUUAAGCGAGCUUUAAGAAUCCCCACUCGUCUUGGUUCUGAGCGUCGUCGCAGUUCAAGCGUGCGUCCCCCGAGCAUGGCAGACGACAAAGAUACACGGCGUCGGCGUAGACUGUCGGAGAUGGCUGGAGGCGUCUUCUACAGCGACGCUCCCACCCUUACUCGGGGCUAUGAUAACUUCGCCCUCGGCCUCGACCCCGAAAAACCCCCACCGGAUGACCACAACCGAUCCAACAGUAUUAAACUUGAACUUACUUCCGAAAGUCACUUGCCGGAAACAUCCACAUGUUAAAUCCUUGAAGUACUUAGAUUAAAGUAGAUAGAAAUUUUGUAGGUAGACAUAAGAACAACAUCUAGUACCUUUCAAACGAUUAGUAUUAUACAUAUAUUUAGAUAUCGCUACCGAUUAAGUAUAUCGAAUAAUCAGAUUGAAUACGGGCAUAAUUUUAGGUGGCCGGAGUAUGAAACCAGCUAAUGGCUUUUAUCUAAUUACAAUAAAUCGUCUAGUUAACACGAUACGAUAAGUAAUUUUACGCAAUUAACGCAAUCAAGAGUUUUUACACUAUUGCGGGCAAAUAGUGAUACAAUAGUUGGAAAGCGUUAUGCACUGGCUCUUGACAUAGCUGUAUUUAAAAAAUGACUUACCUUACCUACAUGUUUAAUAUUAUUUGUUUUUAUCGAAGUCAUUAUCCGUAUCACUAUUGGGCACAAUUAACGACUUUACUCAUUAAAACUUGAUUUAAAUGACAUACUCUGAAAAAAUUAAAACCAGGCUCAGUUUAAAUAUUCGUAAUGUGUACAUUUCAAGGUGGUGGCAUGGUAUGACUGACACACACUAAAAUCUUAAAUUGGAUUGCGCAUUAGAAAAUUAGUAAAUUAUAUUUAUUCUAGAGUGGUAGGUCCCACAGUACAUGUAAAAAAAAACAACUGACUUUAAAUAUUUUUUAUUAUAUCAAACAAGGCUCCCUUGACAAAUUGUCACUUAUCUUUUAAUAUGACAAUCUUUACUUUAGGUACACGUUGGAAUAAUUGAAUGGAGUUUUCAAUAUA